UUUGGAGAGUACCAGGAAAUAAUCAUUCGAACUGUCUGUUGCUAUGGUUACAAAUCAACCAUGGUCAACUUUAAGAAGAAAUUGAACGUGAAAGUGGACCGUGGAAUGUUCCAGUUUAUCAUGCAGUGAACAUGUGAAAUCUGAUCCUCGACAUUCUUCUCUGGGAUUAUUAUUUUUCUUAUUCUCGUUUGCUUUGAAAUUCAUGGACAGAAUUGGGAGCGUUGUUUACCCUUCGCUGCAAGUUGACUCGGCAGCGAGUAAUUUGUAAAUAUUAUUUCUGUCCGUAAUAACACGGGGAAUUAUAUCAAUCAGUUGUAAAACACAGCUAUAUGUAAUAAACGAAUAUAGCUCUCCGUGUAUUGAUCUGUGUAGUCGAAACCACCAUAAUAUAAGAAGCUGUGCUCUUAUUUUCCAGUAAAAUGCCAAAAGGGCGAAGAAAUAACCCUUCGACAAAGAAAGACGGUGAAUGGCUUCCACAGAUUGACAUACCACCAUUCUCAGCAGUUUCAGCCACCAGAUCCAUGCUUUCUUGGCAACCAAAAGUUUCACAAAAGGAACUAACAGCAAGGUUACCAGAAGUUUAUAAAAUUAAUGAGGAGAAGUUAGCAAAAAGAGAAUUUCCAUUUUCUGCCAUUGACAACAAGCAUGCACUAAGGAACAAGGGCGAGUACUUCAUUCAUGGGAUUGGCCGCAGGAAGGUUGAUGUGCAAAAAAGUCAACAUACUUCACAAAAAUGCAAUCUUUUUGGAGAAGAGACACCUAAUGAGGAGACUGCUAGGCUCACUAGUCUCAGCUUUUAUCAGACAACUUAUGUAGGAAACCAGAACACUGUCCAUACCAUUCAUAGACGGUUUCCCAAGGAUUACACAAAACAAAUACCCAGAGCAACUCCACCUACUGAAAGCAAUGUUUUGUGGUUUGGUAAAGACAGCAUUCAGUAUCGAACACCACUCCAUGUUUUAGCUGCAACUCAGUAUCCAAAUCCAUACCCAUUGUCUAAACUCAGUCCUUGGAAGUAUUCCUACAGACCUGCAUUUCCUGAAAACAUACAUGUGUAAAAUAACCUAUAAAAAGUGUGCAUGUAGAAUAAACACAUAAUUAGAUAUUUUUCUGGCUUCCUAGACACUUUAUCAACAAAUAUUUGGAAAAGUUGAUUUGUAGCAAGAUCCUUACUCCAUCUUUUUAUUGACAGAUAUAUUCCCUUCAUACCUGUGCUAUCAAAGAAAUGAUACAAUUUUAAAGAGAAUAUUUAACAAAAAUUGCAGAGUAUUUUACAUAAGAUACUUGUAUAUUGUCUUAAUUCUAUACCCUGAAUUUGAUAUAAUUAACAUUAAAAUGUUCAACAUUUGAA